CCGGCCCGGUAUCCGGGUAAGAUGGCCGCAGUCGGGGAGUGCUCGCUGCCCGCGCCGUGGCGGCCGGUCUCCCUCACUCACGUCGAGUAUCCUGCAGGUGAUUUCUCUGGCCAGCUUUUAGCUUAUUUGAGUCUUGGUCCAAUAUUCAUUAUUGUUGGCUUUGUAACACUCAUCAUAUUCAAGAGAGAGCUUCACACGAUCUCUUUCUUGGGAGGGCUGGUGUUCAACGAGGCAGUGAACUGGUUAAUAAAAAAUGUAAUCCGGGAGCCUCGGCCGUGCGAAGAAGCCCAUUCAACAGUGACCACAAAAUACGGGAUGCCGUCCAGCCACUCCCAAUUCAUGUGGUUUUUCUCUGUCUAUUCCUUUCUGUUCCUUUAUUUAAGAAUGCACCAAACAAACAAUGCGAGGUUUCUGGAUUUGCUAUGGCGACAUGUGCUGUCCAUCUGCCUCAUCACAGUGGCUUUGCUAGUCUCAUAUAGUAGGGUUUAUUUGCUUUACCACACCUGGAGCCAAGUCCUAUAUGGAGGUGUGGCAGGAAGCAUCAUGGCCAUAGCCUGGUUUGCCUUCACACAGGAGAUCCUAACUCCCCUCUUCCCGAGGAUAGCAGCGUGGCCAAUUUCAGAGUUCUUUUUAAUCCGAGAUACCAGCCUCAUUCCUAACAUCCUGUGGUUUGAAUACACAGUCACGAGAGCAGAAGCAAGGAACAGACAGCGCAAGCUGGGUACGAAGCUCCAGUGACCGGAACGUGGGGACCAGGGCGCGUUUCAACGGAGACAGACAAGAGCAGAGACCUGGGAGCAGCAAGGAGCCUUUUAACAGACGGACCAAAGGAACAGGCAGGGACCAUACCCAAAACCUGAAAGCCUUUGCUCUGCUUUAGCAGCUAAGCUGGAUGCUCCCUGAUGCAUGUGGGACCGUGCAGGAGUAGAAACUCAUUUUGAACACAGAUGCACAUGGUUGGAUGUACCAUCGUGUCUACGUCAGGGGAGGGGGGAGAAAAUGCCUGGUGUCGUGUUCGGGGGAGGGAAAACCAAAAAAUGAAUCCUUUCUGUGACUUUUUUUUUUCAGCAUGAAAUAUACACACUAUUUAUUUAUUUUUUUAAAUGGAACUAUUGUUUAUGGGGUGGGUGAGGCGUUGAUUGUGUGUUUUGCUUUUUUUUAAAAAAUUUUUUUGGAAGAAGAUGACAAAACUAUAAUAUCAAGUUGGUUAUGUUUAAUUAGGGCUUCUCAUACUUACAUGGUUCUUAGGAGGGAGGGGAUCUAGGAGGGGUGACCUAGACAGAAGGGAGAGAAAGACCUUCCUUUCUGCAGUCAGUUUGGGAGAUCAAAACCAAUUCCAACUCUACUUGGUAGAGAAAAAAAGACAGACUAUAAAGAUCUGAUUUUUAACACUAGUGACAGUUCUGCAGGGAAUCCUGCAUGGAUACCAGUUAAGGGGAGUGUGUGUGUAAAACAAAGGAAAAACACAAAUAUACUGACUUAUUUUUUUCCACUGC